AUGGAAUCAGCUUCAGCAUCAACCUCAGCUUCCGUACCUGCACCUGUAUCAAUUGAGUUCUCACCGUUUCACAGACUUCCGGUCGAGCUCCGCGUGAGAAUCUGGUCAUUCGCUGUAGAACAGAGAGUCGUACAUGUUGAGUGGUCGAGACCCCGUCGCCAAUGUCUGUCGCCAGAUAUCCCAGCUAUCUUGCAGGUCUCGAGGGAGUCCAGGGCUGAGGGUCUGAAGAUAUAUCACGCCGUUCUAAACACUUCCAAUUCAUCGACUCCGGUGUACAUCAACUUCGACCUCGAUACGGUCUCCUUCAGAUGGAAAACCUUUGGCCGUAGGCCGGCUAAGCAUGCAGUUUCAUUGGGAGAGGACUGCCGACGCAUCAAAUUCUUGAUGAUAGACGCCUGUGUCCGUCUCAAUGACGGGAUGGAACUAAUCAAGUUUGAGAGCUUGGAGGAACUUCAGAUAGAGGGCUGUACAGAUGAAGUCCCAGACGCCAUUGGGAAUGUUGCCUUGUUUCAAUGCGCCUUCAAGCCUUGGGUCAAAUCUAUCCUGCCGGGGACAAAGGCACGCAAAUUACCGAGACUCAGAUGCUUAGAUCAAGGGACAAGAUGUCGGGAUCAUUGGUGGUUUGGAGCUUGGAAUGAGAGUUGUACAAGAGCAGUGUUUAAUAGAAGUAAGGAGAGAGGUUCGAAUUGCUGGCAGCUGAUGUAUACGGUCAUCAAUGAUCUAGCACAUGGUUGUCUGCAAGAGAGGGAGUCUCAUGGACAAUCCAUUGAGGUACAAACCAUCACGUAG